AAUUCGUUGAGAAAAUUUUUGGUUCGGAUGAAACUCGUGAAAAAUUUAUAGGUUUUUUUUCGGGAAGCGUGCGCAUUCUUCAUUCUGCUCAAAUCCAUCCGAAAUUUCGAAUGGGCAUAACAAGAAAGAGAGAGAGAGAGAGAGGGGACGUGUGUAAAAGAUAGGAAUUCGUGGGAUUGUAUUUCACACAACGAGUGAAAAGUGUGGACACGAAAAAGAAUUUAUACUGGCUCUGUAUUUCAAACCACACUGGCAUUCUCGCAUAACACCGACGUACAAUAAAUAUAUAUUCGUCGUAGUUUUAAAAUAAAACGAGCCAAAGAGAGAAGGACAGAGAGGGAAAAUAUAAAAAAAAUCAAUAUUUUCUUCAACUGAGAUUGCGUAGCCUAUGGGGCGUGAAUUUUUUUCCCCUAUACACAUAUGCUCUAGAUUGGAUUCAGUGAAAUAAUUUCUUUCUUUCCAACACAUUUUUAUACAUGUUACCAAGUAUGCGGGGAAAGGAUUCUCUAGUUGCCUUGGCAGUAAUUACAUAACUGGAACACGAAAUAGCAGCUCGGAAUUGUACGAGUACGAAAAUACCAUAUACAGCGAAAGAGAAUUGCAAUUUUUGAAGUUCAACACACUGUGCAUGUGUUGUUUUACAGAAUUUUAAUGUGACAAAUUCAUAAAUUGUUUAUUGAAUUUGAGUGGUUGGCGAUUGUGUAUUGAUUUGAAAAUAAAGUGGCAAUUGUUUUGCAAGGAGCAAAAAAUCGGUGUAUAGAUGCGCUUCGUUAAUAUAUUAUUUUGAGCAAGUUUUGCCAGUGUCAAACGAGAGUGUAAAGUGCAUGGUGAACCGUAUUACAGAGUCCGUGUGUUAUUUGUACGUAUUUGAGGUGCAUUGAUUUUUAUCUUUUUGAAGAAGAGAAGAGAGAAAAAAAAACAACGUACAACAAUCACAGAAAAAAAGUAUAAAGAAAAGAAGAAAAAGAUUCAACGUAUAAAAGAUAUAUAAUACACAAACUUACCUACAUGAAUGUGUAGUAUUUAUGUGGAUGUGUGCGAGAUUAAUAUGCUGUAUGUGAAGAUCAUGAACGCCUUUUUUCGGAACAUCAAUAUUUUCAUGCUUGAGAAAAAUGGAAUGGAGUUUAUCUCGUAUUAAACGGAAUGAUUAUAAACAUGUAUUUUUGGAUAGUAUUUUCUUAUUUAUGUUUUGAUUUUGCAAGUUCAGUUCAAGUUAGUUUUGACAAACCCGAUAGUGGAUUCUUCUUUAAGCAUUCAUCUGUACAACCACAGCAACAGCUAUUAAAUAAUCCGAUCUCAGAUCUAAAAAAUACACCGACAUCAAGCAAAGAAAUAAAAGAUUCAGUGUUAUCGUUCAAUCGUUUUACCGUCGCUCAAGCAAAUCAUCCAGUAUCAAUACGUGCCAGCUAUGGACCAUUUUCAACGAAACAAACCGUACCAGCGCGGUUCAUUGUACCCGAAGAUUCGGACAAUUUUGGCUAUCAGUCGAAGUCCGAUGGCAAAGUUAACUAUGAUAUAAAACAAACGACAAAUUAUUUAGACAUAUCAGCUAGUUUAGUGCGGAAUUAUAUACCGCGAGAUUCGCCUGUACUACGUGUUCUAUUUCACGGUGCCACCGAUGCCGGCGUCUAUUUACAACGAAGAAAAAUCUGCAUUCUACUACAUGUUAAUUUAGAUUCGCAUAAACCAUUGCGCAAUCACUGUAUGCCCGAUGGCGAUGAUAAUGUAUGCGUUGCCGAAGUGGUCAUACCACCGGAUUGGUGGCCAAAACUAUCACCGCCCGACAAAGAUGGCCACACAAAUACCGUUAAAACGCCACAACCAAUGGUCCAAGUGUCAUACAGUGUAUUUGAACCGCCAGCCAAAAAUCCCGAACAAUGUGAGCCAAAAGUACAAAUACAACCAGCUACUGUAUUUGCUCAGGUGCCAUUGACACCAGCAUUAACCGCUUACAAAGAACUUAAAGUUGAUAAUUUACUGACAUUUUUAAUUCCACAUCAACCACUUUACCCAUUAUCCAAAGUUCAUGUUCCAGUAUUUUUACAAACAAAAUCUGCACAAAACAUAGCCAUAUUCGUAGUGAGAGCACGAGCAAAGUCAGGUGUUAAGAUUUUAGGAGCAACUGCCACAACCGACCAAUGGAAUGUUUCGUUUGAGUCUGAAAAUACAAAGCAAACCGUUGCUCGUGUCACCAUUUUCCGAAAUGAACAAGAGAGCGAAAGCACUUUGUCACCACCAAGCAUCGAUGAAAAUGAAGUGCUCGACAUAUUUUCAUGGUUAAUCGAAGUGGAAAAUGUAACCAAAGAGAAUCGAGAUAGUGCAAAAAUUAUUUGGUCGGUGAAUUUCGUACAAGAUGCAAAACAGGAUGGUCGAAUACAAAACUACUCAUCUGAAGUACUUACCACAAUGCCAUUUGAUGGGAAACGUCAAAAAAUUAUUGCACGUUUUCAAAUUAUGAAGGACGAUAUUCAAUCAAUUCUACCUAUAGCCAAGGAUCGCGAAUUAAUGAAUACAGCCGUACUCACUGGCCGUCAAGUGUACAAGACGAUGAAAGUAUUUAUUGUUUCACAAAGUGGAAAGGUUGCUGAUAUAACGCUUCAAAGUUCGUGCCAUUCAGAAGAUGAAAGUGUCAUAAAGGUGUCAACGUCCUGUAGUUCAGUUUAUGUCGACGGAACUGAAACAGAAGGAUCAUCAAAUGCUUCAAUUGUUAUUAAAUAUGGUUCAAAUUCUGGAUUGGCUCGAUUCACCGUAUGGAUGCCAGAAUAUCCAUUAGAAGUGGCUGUGACCGAUUUUCGUUUGUCACAAAUCAAAGGAUGGAAAAUUCCCGUCGAUGCUAAAAAUGAACAUCACAAGGAGAAACGACGCAAGAGAGCCAACAAUUGGUACAAGAGUUCUGAAGAAGUGGGUAAUGGCUCCGAUAAGCAUUCAUGCCGAACACGUUACCAACAAACUCCAGUCGAAGUUUAUGCACGUUUCAUUGCUGUUGAUCAACAUUCGGGACGUGUUAGCUCGUACUUAACACGUAAGAUGGCAUUACGUAUCACGGAAUUGGUUGAGCCAUUCAUUCGGGUGGCUGAUCCAAAAAUCGCAACACUUAGCGGUCGCAUACUUCAAGGUCGUACCAUGGGCCGAACUGAUGUACAAGUAUUAUCACCGAUCAAUGGUCGUGUUAUUGGUUCGAAAGAGAUUCGCGUUGGAAGUGAUAAAGUCACCAUUUCACGGUUAUCCGUUCAGGUUGUGACCGGUUUGCAGUUGAACAUCAACUCAGACGGUGUCUUAGAAAACGGAUAUAUUGCCGAAACUCUUGUCACCAGACAUUUAACCGCACAGUAUCAGGAAGGCUUACUGGACAUCGAUAUUGAGUUUUCCGAUGGCACAAAAACACCAUUACGUGACGUGAAUGCUGAUAAUUACUAUUUGCUGGUUGAAAGUUUGGAUACCGAAGUGGUUGCGUUCGCUCCAAUGUUGGCGUCAAGUUAUCCUCGUGUGAUUGCUGUUGGUGAAGGAAACGGUGAUUUAUUGCGUGUAACAUUACUUUUACCCGAAGACUGCCGCGCUAAACGAAACAAUCAAUACAGUAAACAAUCAUUGAAAGAUGCACAGGGACCACUUGCAUCUACAUUGGCGUCGGUUCAGGUUGAUUUUAAUACGGCUGAAUUUCCGGAUAGUCCAGAUACAUUCCAAAACGAUGGUGUGGGUAGUCGCGACCGUAAAACCAAUCAAGAUUCGAACUCACUCACCGACAUUCUAAUUAACAUACCAUUGAAUGAUGAAAAGAAAUCAAUGGGUGGCGUCGGUGAUUCACAUCAACAUCGCCAUGGUAUUUUAUCGCUACAAAAUCCAAUCGGCAACUCAACCGCUUUGGAAAUUGGCACAUAUUUGUUGCUAUCAACAAUUUGCUUCGCUAUUGUACUUUUUGUAGUAUCUUGUUUUGUGUACGCUUCCAAGCAUAAAAUGAUGAAUAUUGAAAAUAAUAACAAAGAUCGACCAGUCGUUGGUAUGACAGUCGGAAAUGCUACAUCUGCAUCGGGUCAUUUUCCCAUUUUACGUGAAUCGCGUAAGCAUCGUGAAUCCACAACAAACGCACACAAUUGGGUCUGGCUUGGGCGAUCGACUAUGGAUCGUUCGUCGAUGGUUCGUGAAAAUCCCGAUCAAUUCGUUAAUCCCAGAGACUCGAGAAUUCGCAUCACAAGAAAUCCACUACCAUUGAAUUAUAUGGAAGCACCAGAUUCCAUACAACAAGCAUCGACAUUUGACGAUAUCAGUCGAAUCAAUCGUGAUGCCCGUUUCAGCAUUGCUGGACCCUCCUACAGCAAUACACAAGAAGUUCCAUCGCACUCAGAACCGUCUACAAGCGUCAAUUUAAGAAAGCACCACCAUUGCCGUGGGCUCAACCGUAAUGAAGACUAUAGGCCUCCAGUCCCACCUCAUGCACCUCAUAGAAAUAUAGGCAUAACUGCAAACGUUGUAAGAAAUAAUGUGUAAUCAAGCCGCUAGAUGUGUACGCAUUAGAAUCAUUUCUCACAUUUAAAUUAUUUAAUUAAAAAUGAAAAGGAAAAGAAAAAAAAAAACAGAAAAAAACACGAAAAAAAAUUAUUGCUACUAUUAAAUAUACCAUAAGCUAUAUGAUUUUGUUAUGCAGUACAAAGAGAAGACUAGUAAGACAGUAUGAAUGAAUGAUUUUUUUUUCUGUUUAAUUUGUAAAAUGCCAUUUGUUUUUCAUUUGAAUUAUUACAAUUCAAUUUUUAUUAUUAUUAUUUUGUCACGUGA